AGACGGCGCUGCUCCGCCCCUCGAGCGUAAGUUCUGUGCGUUUCAGAUAAAUAUAGAAGAAGGGCAGGGUCCAGCGGACGCACGCGCUACACCCGACGGCGAUUUCGCAACUCGGCUAUGACAUAAACAGGAACGACAGGACGGAGGAAACGCGAGGUGAAAGGGCUUCGUCCGACGCUCCCGGAGUUUCACGUUCACUUCGGCAUCUGCACGCGCUCCGAUAAACGCGCGCAGCAACGCGUCGGUGAAUUUCCUGGUGCGCGAUGAAAGUCUUUUCUCGAGUCGUGACGAGCGUGUCAGAUCGCAGCAGCUCAGACUUUCUCUCUCUGUCUCUGGUUUUACAUCUGAUUGGAUUCUACGGUUUUCACUCGGAGACGGUAAUCGCGACUGUUGUAGGUUGCAGUCGCUGGUGACGUCACGACACUUUUAUUUGUUUGUUUGUUUGAUGUCGCUAGUGUAGCCAGACGUGUCAGCGAUGAAGUGUGCAGGUUGAGCUUCUGCACUGAAGGGCUUCGAACUGAACUUUAACCGACACACAAUGAAUUCGGAUCUUGAAGGGAUUUCUCUUUCGGUACCAUCUUUCGGACAUCCGCCGGGCGCAAUGGCUGAGAAUAGCAGGGAAAGCAGCGCUGCUGUGAAUUCUGCCACCGUGACCCUGUGGCAUGACCCGUCCUGUAAGAGUGCCAAUCCCGGGCUGAUCUGUUGCCCGUCGGACGCUGGCACGUUGUUGAGCACCUGCAAAAACAAGAAUCGAGCCGUGACAGUGGUGUACGUGAGAAACACGGAGAUGAGCCAGUCUCAGAGUCCAGAGAACAUGGCACUACAGUGUCUGAAGGAUGCUUGUGACAUUUUGGGAUGUAAACUGGAGAUCAUCCACUUUGGGAUGCUGGACUUUGGGGAGACGUCGGUCCUCGAUCACUUUUACAAUGCCGAUGUUGCAGCGGUUGAAAUGACGGAAGCGUUUCGACAGCCGUCGCUCUUCUAUCAUUUGGGUGUGAGAGAGAGUUUCAGCAUGGUGAACAACAUCAUCCUGUACUGCGACCUCAACUCCGACUCACUGCAUUCUCUACAGGAGCUCAUAUGUCAGAAGAAUAUGUCGUGUGCCGCCAACUACACGUUCAUCCCGUACAUGGUGACCCCUCAGAAUAAAGUGUACUGUUGUGAGAGCAGUCUGAUGAAGGGUCUCAGUGAACUCAUGCAGCCCAGCUUUGAAGCUCUGCUGGGACCCAUCUGUAUGCCACUGCUUGACAGACUCACACAACUGCUGAGCGGCUGUAAAACCAGCACCUGCCAUUAUUUCCGUGAGACGGUUCUGAAUGAGAUUCGUAAAGCGCGGGAGCUUUACACCGGAGCAGAGCUUGCGGCAGAACUCGGUAGAAUCCAGCAGCGUCUGGAUAACGUGGAGUGUCUGUCUGCCGAUAUCAUCAUCAACCUCCUGCUGUCCUACAGAGACAUUCAGGAUUAUGAAUCCAUCGUGAAGUUAGUUGAAACACUGGACAAGCUGCCAACCUUUGACCCCAUGGCCCAUCCUCAUAUAAAGUUUCAUUACGCCUUUGCCCUCAACAGGAGGAACCUGCCAGGCGACAGACAGAAAGCUCUGGACAUCAUGUUGCCUCUGGUCAACUCAGAUGAGCAGGUGGCGUCCGACAUUUACUGCCUGGUGGGCAGAAUCUAUAAGGACAUGUUCCUGGACUCUCACUUCGCGGACACGGAGAGCAGAGAUCAGGGAAUGCGCUGGUUUAAAAAAGGUUUCGAAUCGGAACCCACGUUGCAUUCUGGUAUAAACUACGCAGUGCUGUUGCUGGCUGCAGGGAAUCAGUUCGACUCGUCCUUUGAGCUGCGGAAAGUAGGUGUGAAGUUGAGCAGUCUCCUGGGCAAGAAAGGCAGUUUGGAUAAACUUCAGAGUUAUUGGGAUGUGGGUUUCUUUCUGGGAGCCAGUAUCCUCGCCUGCGACAACACACGAGUCAUUCAAGCUUCUGAGAAACUCUUCAAAAUUAGAGCUCCCACCUGGUAUCUGCGCUCACUGGUGGAGACCAUCCUCAUUUAUAAACACUUCACUAAACCAAACACAGAUCCACAGACCCCUAAACAAGAGCUGGUGGACUUUUGGAUGGACUUCAUGGUGGAAGCCACUAAAAAGGAUGUGACAUCUGUCCGUUUUCCAGUAUUAAUACUGGAGCCCACUAAAGUGUACCAGCCGUCUUACCUCUCUAUAAACAAAGAUGCGGAGGAGAACACUCUCUCUAUCUGGCAUGUCACUCCUGAUGAUAAAAAUCAAGGGAUUCAUGAGUGGAACUUCAGUGCAGCAUCAGUACGAGGUGUGAGCAUCUCCAAGUUCGAUGAGCGCAGCAGUUUUCUGUAUGUGGUGAAUAACUCUGAAGAUUUCCAGAUCUAUUUCUGCACAGAGAUGCACUGCAAGAGGUUCUGUGAUCUUGUAAAUACACUCACUGAGGAGGCCUGGAAAGGCUCAGACGAGACCGAGUGUGAAUCUGAGGCUUUAGAGUAUGAUUAUGAAUAUGAUGAACAUGGAGACAGGCUGGUUCUGGGUAAAGGCACGUUUGGCGUGGUUUACGCGGGUCGUGAUCUUAGUAACCAGGUGCGUUUAGCCAUCAAAGAGAUUCCUGAACGGGACAGCAGAUAUUCACAACCUCUGCAUGAAGAGAUCGCCCUUCACAAACACCUGAAGCAUAAGAACAUCGUUCAGUAUCUGGGCUCCAUCAGUGAGAAUGGCUUCAUUAAGAUCUUCAUGGAGCAGGUUCCGGGAGGCAGUCUGUCAGCGCUGCUCAGGUCAAAGUGGGGUCCUCUUAAAAACAACGAGUCCACCAUCGGCUUUUACACCAAACAGAUUCUGGAGGGUCUCAAGUAUCUGCACGAUAACCAGAUAGUUCACAGAGACAUCAAGGGUGAUAAUGUCUUGAUAAACACUUACAGUGGUGUUUUGAAGAUCUCAGACUUUGGAACAUCAAAACGUCUGGCUGGAAUAAAUCCAUGCACUGAAACCUUCACCGGUACGUUACAGUACAUGGCUCCUGAAAUCAUAGAUAAAGGGCCGCGCGGGUACGGAAAGCCAGCAGAUAUCUGGUCUCUGGGCUGUACUAUCAUUGAAAUGGCCACGGGGAAGCCACCCUUCUAUGAACUGGGAGAACCACAGGCAGCCAUGUUCAAGGUUGGAAUGUUUAAGAUCCAUCCAGAGAUUCCAGAAUCCAUGUCCACUGAAGCCAAAGCAUUUAUCCUGCGCUGUUUUGAACCGGAUCCAGACGGCCGAGCCACAUCCACUCAUCUGCUCACUCACGAGUUUCUGACUGUCACCUCACGCAAGAAACGGUCCAAGACUAACAAUUUCACAGCACUGACACCAGGACCUGAGUAUCUGCGCAGUAUAUCACUUCCUGUUCCUGUGGUAGUUGAGGACACCAGCAGCAGCAGCGAGUACGGUUCCGUGUCACCUGACAAUGAGCUCUGCUCCAACCCCUUUAACUUCAAACCCAGCAUUAAAUGCUAUAGUGAGCGAGAGGUCAAAGGUCAUCGCUCGCUCUUCCUCAGUAUUCCUGUGGAGAACUUUGAGGACCACAGCGCUCCGCCCUCGCCGGAGGAGAAAGACUCAGGUUUCUUCAUGCUGAGGAAAGACAGCGAGAGGAGGGCGACUUUACACCGCAUCCUGACGGAGGACAGGGAGAAGAUCGUGCUUCACCUGCAGGAGGCGCUGACACAGGGCUCUGAGGAGACCAAAUUGAAGCAUCAGCACAUCUCCACACUGGUGACAAGUCUGGGGGAUUUCGUGAGGAUGGCGGACAGAAAAAUAAUCGCCGGCGCCCUCUCUCAACUCAAACUGGAGCUGGAUUUUGAUAGUACGGCAAUCAGCCAACUGCAGGUGGCGCUGUUUGGAUUCCAGGAUGCCGUUAAUAAAGUCCUGAGGAAUCACAACAUAAAGCCGCACUGGAUGUUUGCUCUGGAUAACAUCGUCAGGAAAGCUGUGCAGACCGCUAUUGUCAUAUUAGUACCUGAAUUGCGGCCACACUUCGCGCUAGCGUCUGAGAGUGACACAGCCGAUCAGGAGGACAUCGAUGAUGACACCAGCCCUCAGAGAAGAGCCGAUCUCAAAGACAUAGCGCCACCUAUUGCCCAUCAUGACGACACGGUGGCCACGUCUGGUGUGAGCACGCUCAGUUCAACCGUUUCCCAUGAGUCUCAGAGUGCUCAGAGGUCCAUCAGCAUGGAACUCGGCCGCAUGAAGCUAGAAACCAAGAGGUUGUUGGAGGAACUGAUAGAGAAGGAGAGAGAGUAUCAGGCCAUCUUACAUCAAGUCCUGGAGGAGAGAGAACAGGAGAUCAAACUCUUAAAGGGACGGUCCACACUUACCGAUGUUCCUGAGCCCUUUAUAAACACACCGAGAUCAUUUGAACAAGAUGGAGACCAGGAGCUUCAGGAAUGGCUGAAACUUCACGGGGCUGACGCGGAGUCUGUGGAGAGAAUUAUAUCUGAGGAGUACUCCCUCGAUGACAUCCUUCAUUAUGUCACAAGAGACGAUCUAAAGACUUUAAGACUGCGAGGUGGAAUCAUUUGUAAACUGUGGAACGCUAUUACAGAGCACAGAAAGAAUCCAGCCUGAGAACCCAAUGUAUACACAUAUCUGACCAUCCAGAGCCACCCGACAUGUGGAGAACAUAGUGAAAUAUCCACUGGGAUCAAUUCAUAUCACAUGUAAAUAACAGUGUUUUAACAGCUCCAGCUGUAGAACAAUUUCUACACAGCUUAUUUGUACGUCAUGUUGUGUUAACUUUGUACAGGAAACUUGUUUUAUUUUUGAUAUUUGUUUACAAACUCCCGUCUUGACCUGCCUGAGAACCUUCGCAGCUCUGAUCCCUUUAAAGGGAAAGACAUUGAAACUAUUCACACAUGCACACGUAUAUAAAUACAGAUUUCGUAUGUUUUUUUACAUGUAUCAUUUAUAAGGUGUAUCAUCAAGGUAAUUUACCUUUUUUAGCAGAGCUGUUUAUGUCCGUUUAUAUUCUAAUGACUAUGAAGAAACACCACGACCAGUCUGAUUCCUCACACAUUCUACUGUGUUCUCUGUUUGGGGUGAUAAAUGAAAUGAAUAAAACUGAUGUUAUGCAUAAAAACUUUAAAAUAUAGAUUCCUGAGAUUAUAUUUAUAUUGCAGAAUUUUACUAUUUAGAAGCAGCUCACACAAAUAAUAUAAUCACAUUUUGAAAGAUUUGCCAAAGGAUUUAUUUAUUAAGCACAAACCUCCAACACCUCAACUAUUUAAACUCUGAAAAACUACUGCAAGAGUCUAUUAUAAAACACACACAAACAAUAUGUAAAUGUUCACCUGUUCCUGUGCAUUUCAAUUGUUUUAAUUCACUCCUAUGUAUUUUAUAUAUACAGGGCUAUGUAAUGUGACAAUCAUAUAACAGUAAAUUAAAGUUUGAUUUCUGUCAUUUGUGUUUGCAUGAUCAGUGUUUCCCCGAUUCUGAUGUUUUAUUUCACAACAAAUGUUUCCUUUUACUAAAUGUAGGGUCUUUAUUUUCUGGAGAAAAAAAAUCGUAAUGAUCAUUGCUGGUGUGAUAUUAAUCUUAAUCUUUUUUAAUUGCAGUUUAAAGGCAGUUUGUGCUUUUUAAAGUGAAAUAUGUAAGGAUAAUGUACAGUCAGCAGGUCAUUAUCACAAACUAAACCUCAACAGGGUGUUCAGGACAUUUCUGCAAACAAAUGCAUAACAAGUUCAUUAGCACAUUAUAUUUAAACCAAGAGCUAAUGCAGACAAAAGCAGACAAAUACAGCAAAACGUCCAGUAACACUUUACAAUAAGAUUUAUAACUGCUGUAAAAGUGUUGUUCAUUGUUAAUAUACUUUAUGUGCUAACUGUAGUAAGGUAAUGUUAACAAUUGGAAGCUUAUUUUAAAGUGUUACCUUUUUAUUGUUCAAAUAUAUACAAAGCAUUGAAUAUAGAAUAAGACAACAUAGGGUUAUAUAUUUCUUAUAGGCUAAAAUCUAUUUGUGGAAGUGUAGAUUCUACUAUAUAAUUUUUACAGAACUAUGUGGAGAUUUAAUGUUUAUUACUUAAUAAUUUUAUAAUAAAUACUUAUACAGUUUAAAAA